UUUUUUGUUAAAAAUGAUUUUAUUUUUUACCUUCUUGAAGUAUUUUACGAGUAGAGUCUAAAAAUCCUAGUUUUAAGGCACGGAAUCCAUCGGUUCAGAAGUUAUACGUGGCGGCCGUUUAGGCGAACAUUUGAAUGAAAUGUCUUUUGUCACAUUUUAAUAAAAUGUCUUUUGUUACAUUUUUCACGUGUUUUGUUGUACUACCUGUAGCUUGCAUUGUUUCUCCGCCUGUACCUCGCGAUUCUGGUCUUUUCCUAAAGUUUUCCUUUAUCAUGCAAAGUAUUAAAUGGAAGUUUACCAAUUUGCCUCAGUCGACAGAAGCGGCUGUUGCAUGGGCUCGCGAACAUAGAUUAUUGCGGGUGACUAAAAUGUGCCGUGUUCAUCGGAAGACGAUGAAAUGGUUUGCACCAGAUCACAGAAUUGGUCGCUUUCGAUGUGUCGUUAGUCGCGACAAAUGCAAACAAUUUGCGGCGACCAUAGAUUCCUUUUUUGAAGAUUAAUUAAUGCAUUCUUCAAACUGUUUCCAAUGUUACUUAUUUUUUUAAGAUUGAUUUAUUGCUUUUCACGAGAUUUUUCGUACGAGUAUACGAUACAUGAGUUAUACGAUAUUGAAAACAACUCCACUUUGUUAUCGUCUGCAACAAUUGCGACAUGGUUUCAGUACUGUCGGGAAACGGUACUGGACCAUUUCUCCAGUAUUCAAAAUGGAAAACCAAAAUUAGGCGAAGGUACGGAAUCGGGGUCUCCUAUUAUAUGUAGUUCAGAUUGACGAAGCAAAAUUUGGUAAGAGAAAGUAUAACCGUGGCCGGAGAGUUGAGAGCCAUUGGGUCUUAGGCAUGGUGGAUACUUAUACUAAAGAUUGCCGAAUGAUGCUUGUUGAAAAUCGUGAAGCGGCAACCCUAAUUCCCAUAAUUAAAGAAAACGUUAUCGCCAGUAGUGAAAUUCACACUGACUGCUGCAGAAGGGUUAGGGUUAGGGUUAGUUCCCGGACCACCUGGUCAGUGUCCAACAAGAAGAAAUCCAUCAGGAAAGUUCGUUCGAUCUUCGCAAAAGAUGAUCAUUAUAAAUCUGUACAAAAGUCUGAAGGAGGAACGUUCAGAUAUGAAGUACAGACCGCUAAUAGAAUUGCUCUCCAAACGGACCGGAAUCGGCCAGUUGACUUGUCCGAAUACAAAUCAACAGGCACCGUAACGUCUCCAAAUAAGAAGAGACCCCGGAUGAAUGUUUUGGAGAAGACGUCCAAGGAUGCGAUAUUAGGCAUAAGGAGAAAAGUGCAUGAGUUUUGGUUUCGGCGCGAAAUUCCACGCAUGAAGAAAAUGUUGGAACAGACAGGUAAAAAAUUUAAUAAAGCGUCUACAAAACUGUUCAUACCUAAUCCAGGAGAAACGUGAAAUAAAUUCUAGGGAGGACUGUAUAAAGAUUCAUUCUAUUGUACAUCAUCAACUAUCCUCCCCAAUAUUUGUAAAAAAGGCUUGUAAAAGUAUGCAUGGUUUGCGUCCAAACUCUCUGAUACAAGAGAAGUAUUUGUUAAUGUAAAUGAAGUAUGUUUUCCGGUAGACGUCUUCAAAAAAGCGUGCUCUUGCAUGAAUGCUGCGUUUAUAUUGUGUGCUAGAUUUCGCAACAAUUACUGUUUCCCAUGUUUUUACGACAAAUAUCACACUAGAUCGUGUCAUUAAUCAGAAUGUGCAAUAAUACAGUGAAUAUAACAUGUAUUAUUUUUAUGUUCGAUUUUUUUCCCAAUGCCCACAAAAAAAAAGUAUCGAAAAAAUUAUCGAGAGCAGGACUCGAACCAGCAACCUACUGAUUACCAGUACUUUACGUUACGCCAUCACCCAUUUGAAGCGUUGUUUAAUUUUAUACGCCAACUGUUUAUAACGGAGUACAGCGAUUUUUAUGCAAUUUUCAUGCAAUUUUCUCGGAAAAUCUUGAGAGACGCGCGCUACUGCUUUGCCAAAUUAAAUUUGGAGAGGACAUCUUCAAAUACUGCAAGUUUCAAGAAAAUGCGUUUCCCGUCGAUCGCGCCCUCUCCUUGUUAGAAAUAAGAAAUUGAUUCAUGGGAACAUUGUGAAAGGAAUAAAUACAUUUUUACAACUAAAUAAUUAUCAUCUUCAAUAUUUAAUAAAACGAAUUUUAAGGCAAAAUACGUUUGUUUUAAUUUUCGAUGGAUGCUUCUAAUGUAAGUAUGUAUUCGUUCCUUCAAUAUUCCCUUUGCCAUAAAUCUUUAACUAUUGAGAAUAUUAAAAAAUGAUUCGAGUAAA